GUCUCUCACGGGCGGCGGGCGUGAGGGGUGUCUGCCGGCCUUGGGUGGCAACGUGCGCGCGAGGAGCAGCGAUGCCUCCUCCUCCUCCUCCACCGCCGCCAUGAAGGAAGCCCGCGCGGGUCAGUGAAUUGGCGGGGAUUGUUGAGGAGCAGCUUGGAGAUGAGGAGGCAAAACAGUUUGAAGACCUGCUCCAGAAUGCUACUUAUACAGAGAAAACCUUGUUUUGUAUCACAUAGGAAAGGAGAAGAGAAUACCUAUAUGAGAACACAACAAGCAGCAUGGCGGAUUCAGAAGACCUUUUGCUUAAGAAGGCAAAGGAAGAUCAAACUGGUAAUCGCAUUGUAAAAGUGAACUCCGGUAAACAUUACUUCUGUGGUUAUUGUGCAGCCAUUACAAACAUUGCAGUAACUUUCCCCAUCCAGAAAGUCCUCUUUCGUCAACAGCUGUAUGGGGUACGAACCAGAGACGCAAUAUGUCAGCUACAGAAAGAUGGAAUCAGAAAUUUGUACCGAGGUAUCCUUCCUCCGCUGAUGCAGAAGAGCACAACCUUGGCAUUGAUGUUUGGCCUAUAUGAAGAUUUGUCUUCCGUGCUGCUCAGACACAUAAGUGCACCUGAAAUCUUUGCCCGGAGCUUAGCAGCUGUGCUUGCUGGGACCACAGAAGCUGUCUUGACCCCUUUUGAGCGUGUGCAGACACUUCUGCAGGACUACAAACAUCAUGACAAAUUUACAAACACCUACCAAGCGUUCAGGGUUCUUCGAGAGCAUGGGGCCAGGGAAUAUUAUCGGGGCUUGGUGCCAAUCCUACUUCGGAACGGUCCUAGCAACGCUCUCUUUUUUGGCCUGCGAGGGCCCAUCAAGCAGUGCCUGCCAGAAGCAACAACUUACAGUACUCAUCUGAUCAAUGAUUUUAUAUGUGGAGGGGUAUUGGGUGCUAUGUUGGGGUUUAUGUUUUUCCCUUUGAAUGUUGUCAAAGCCCGCAUGCAGUCACAGAUUGGUGGGGAAUUCCAGUCUUUUUCCACAGUCUUUAUGAAGAUUUGGGUGGAGCGUGACAGGAAACUGACACAUCUCUUCCGAGGGGCCCAUCUAAAUUAUCACCGGUCCCUGAUUUCUUGGGGAAUAAUUAAUGCAACUUAUGAAUUCUUGCUUAAAUUACUAUAAUUGGUUAUUAAUUUUCUCUCUUCAGUUGAGCAUCGGACAAUCCUGAGCUGUCAGUUUCCAAGAUAUAAUGAGAACACGCUCGCAAGUGUCUCUGACUCCAUAACAUUUGAGAAACUAAAUUGCCAACAAAUGGUGGUUUCAGUUGGUAUGGAUAUCAAAUAUUUAUGCAGUGCCUAACUAGUUCAAAAUAUAAUUUUAUUCAGUCUUGUUCUUAGCCUUCCAAUCUAUGGAUGUGGCAGCUGUAUGACUAAAACAAUUAACUGAGAAGUUUCCUGAAAUAUAAAGCCAGCGGAUUGAUUCACUCAAAGCAUAAUAAACUAAAUUUCAUGCUGGCCUAUGAAAAUUUGCUCCAGGUCACGUUCAGCUUUAUUCAAUCAACACUCCUGGUGAUCCAAAGAAUGCACUUCAUAGAAAAUAGCAGAGCAAAACAAAAACAAAAACCCUGAUAUUUAAUUUGUUGUUUGACCAUUUGUAACAAAUGGUAGCAUUUUUUUUGUAAUAAGUGGACCUUGAGUUUCCAUGAAGCUUCAUGUCCCCCCUCUUGGUUUUUUUAUGAUGAUGAUUAUGAAUAUUAUUGUACUUUGAAAAGAGACUGCCAAAUGUAGAGAAAAGUCUUGUUCUAAAACAGGUUCCAAGUAGUUUUGGAGCACUACUGAUGCAAAUGACAUCUUGUCAUCAUUAGUAUUAAAUUUUAGAAAUAGUAGGAUGUAUCUCUACUAUUAAAUAGUGGUUGCUGACUAUAGAUGAAAGAGUGAGAAAAGCACUGAAAAGCUUUAAAAUAUUCUCCAUCUUGCACUGUCACUGAAUUUUUCAAUGUCAAUUAGGUGUUUAAAUUAUUGAUUUGGUGAAAUAUUCUAAUCCAGGGUGGUGGUUUCUUUUACACACACACACACACAGAGAGAGAGAGAGAGAGAGACAUACACUUUCCAGGUUUAGAAAGUUCGGUACAAAUUGGUAAACUUAACUAAAAGUAAACAGGAUAAAAUUCCAGGUAUUAUUUACUGGUACAGUACAACUGAUUGAAUGGGUUAGACACUACAUCAGGGGUGUCAAACUCAUAUAUCAGGGAAUUUUUCCCCCCUUUGCUAAACCGAUUGUGUGUGUGGCCAGUGUGUGAUGCAUCCGGCCCACAGGCCAGGAGUUUGACAGCCCUGCUCUACAUCAAUCUAAGGUCUAGUGAAGCAGAAUUUUUGCAUACCAAAAUGAAAUGUUUAUUGCAAUUUUUCACAGUAUUUUACUCUGUUGAAAAAGAAAUUGCAGAGCUAUUUCACACACCACUCAUGAGUUGUUUAUAUUGAGGAUAUAUGAGUUUGCAAAAGGCUAGCUUGCCCUUUGCUUUUCCUUUAAUGCAGAUGAGUCUUCAUACAAAAAAAUCUGGCAUAAGAGAUUCAUCCAUCCACUUUUAGUAAGUGACAAAAUUGCCUAAAUCCCUGCUUUAUACUGUAUAUAGCCUGUCUAUUCUCAGUCUAUGAACUCGUGUGACGGACCAUGAAUAUAUUAAAAAAGAAGGGACAAAAACAUCUGCAAAUAUUACAUAGGGCUUCUGUGAAUUUUUAAUCAUGCCAAUAAACAUACAUGUAUACAAAAUAGUAAGCAAUGGGUGAGUUAGGAAGAGGAAAUUCAGCCAAAUUAAUCAUUUUGGCUGCAUGAUUUUGUGCAAAUAGGUGGUAAUAUUUCCUAUUUAUGAUUUAUAGGAAAGCUCUCCCAAACUCUGUUGAUUAUUGUCCAAGUGUUAGAAUUAUUUUCUUAAAAUUUAGAUAACAGUAGGUUUGAGAUGGUAGGGUUUUUACUUUAUUUUGCAUAUUGUCCCUCCCUCUACAAGAGUGCCCCAAAUCAAAUAUUAAUUGAUCUAGAUUUCUUGAUGCUCAAGUUGCUUAGCUUCACAGUUGGGUUGCCAAGCACAAAAUGAAAGAAUGCUUACUAUUUUGAAUGUUGUAAUUAUAGAUAUAUAUACAUAAACAAAAUGUCGGUUGAAUGUUUAACUGGUAAAGUAUAAUUCUACCAGAAGGAUAUAUAUUUUUUGGUAAUUUCCUUUGGUGGAAUAAACACAAGUAAAUUCAGUUU